AUGCUUAUUCAAACUUUCAUUUCCUUUUAUUUCUCUUUUCAUUUAAAUCUUUCUUUAUUUGUAUUAUAUUUUUUCUUCUUGUUUUCUUUUCAUGUUUUUCUUCAUUUUUAUUCUCUUUCUGUUUUCUUCUUCUUCUUUCCGUAUAUGAUUAUAUCUGCCCACUUCUUCGUGUCACAUCCAAAUAUUUUUCUCUUUCUUUUUUCUUAUACAAGAUCUUUCUUUUUCCCUCUUUUUCGUUUUCUCCCAUCUCCUCUCUCUCUCUCUCUCUCUUUCUCUCUCUCUCUCUUUCUCUUUCUCUCUCUCUCUCUCUCUCUCUCUUUCUUUUUCUUUCUUUUAUAUGUACUCUGGCUCCUUUUAUAUCUUUCUAUCCUUUUACCCUCAUACAUUCUUUUGUUUCUUUAUUUUAUCUUUCUUAUGUACUCUCUCUUUCUCUCUCUCUCUCUCUCUCUCUCUACGUCUUUCUUUUUCUCACUUUCUUUAAUUCAUGUCCUUAUGUACUCUUACCCUUCCUUUCUUUCAUUUUUACUUUCCGUAAAUCUUUCGUUCUCUUACGUACUGAUCUUCUUCUUUCACUCAUUGUUUCACUUCCUUCCUUUUGUAGUCCCACUUUUCUUUCAUUAUUUCACAUUUUCUUUCUUCUUUAAUUCCUCUUUCUUUCUUUAUUUCUUUAAUUCAUAUUUAUUGUACUCUUUCUUUCUCUCUCUUUCUCUCUGUUUUAUUAUCUCUCUCCCGAAAUUACUUUUCUACUUAAUUCUUAAUACAGCUUUUUUCUGUUUUGAAUUCUGCCAUCAGUAUUUUAUCAAAAUGAAAGUCUUCUUCAUCUUUAUCGUUCUGGCCGCCUUCGGUGCCGUAUACUCCAAAUCUUACCCACCUUUCGACAAAUCUUUGGACUUAUUUUGGGAAGAAUACAAAAAGACAUACACCAAAGUUUACCACGGAGAAAAUGAAGAAAUUAUUAGGCGAUUAAUUUGGGAAAAAAAUGUCCGUACUAUUAACAAACGCAACUAUUUGGGUGCCCUGGGUUAUCAUUCCUACUGGCUAGGUAUCAACGAAUUCACUGAUAUGAUGGAGCAUGAAUUUAAGAAAGUUAUGAAUGGUUUACUUUACCGUAAUCUGAACAAACAUCAUUCUUCAUUGAUGUUUGUCGACGAAGAUAUUCGUGAUCUCCCCGAAGAAAUAGAUUGGAGAAAGAAAGGUUACGUGACUGAAGUUAAAAACCAGGGAAAAUGCGGCUCUUGUUGGGCUUUCUCGGCAACUGGAUCUCUGGAAGGCCAGUUUUUCAAGAAAACUGGAAAAUUAGUGUCUUUGUCCGAACAGGAUUUAAUUGACUGCACUGGUGACUGUCAGACAACUGGUUGCGAAGGAGGACUAGUGGAAGAAGCAUUUUCAUGUAUUCGUAGCAUGGGAGGAAUUGAAUCCGAAACUGAUUAUCCAUAUGAAGCCAAAGAUGAUGAAUGCAGAUUCAAUAAAACGAAGUCAGUUACCUCACUGUCAAAUUAUGUUGAUAUUAAACACUUUAGCGAGAACGCCCUACAGAAGGCAGUGGCUACAAUUGGACCAAUCUCAGUCGCCAUUGAUGCCAGCGAUUUCGACUUUGCUCACUACAAAGAAGGCGUAUAUGAAAGCUCCAAUUGCAAUGCUUUCACGCUUGAUCAUGGCGUUCUGGUUGUUGGAUACGGCACAGAAAAAGGAAAAGAAUACUGGCUCGUAAAGAACAGUUGGGGUCCAAGUUGGGGAAUGAAUGGCUACAUCAAGAUGGCCCGCAACAAAGAAAACAUGUGUGAAAACAUAUUUCUGACUUUUGAUCGCUUUCUUUAUCUCUUUGUCUCUCUGUCUGUCUUACAUUCUCUCUCUCUCUCUCUCUCUCUCUCUUGUUCCUCUCUCUCUCUUUCUCUGUUUCUCUCCAUCUCUCCAUCUCUCUCUCUCUACUACUACUACUUCAAGUUUCUUUCUCCUCUCUGUCUCUGUCUCUCUCUCACUCAUUCCCUCCUUCUCUCUUUCUCUUUAUCUUUCUCUCUCUCUCUCUUUGCAUUUUUCUCUUUAUAA